AUGCUCAUAUACAGGUCGCCCCUGCUGCGUAGUAUCCCCAGAACUGGUGUCAGGAGAUUCCUUCAUGUCGAUGCCGUCGAGCGUCAGGCUUUCCUAAAGCCAGUCGACACCCACCCAGGGAGCAAGAACGCCAUCUCUGUCCAGCUUCUCCAGGAACUCAGGGAGUGCCUCGAGACGGUCCACGUCCGUGUCCUGGUACUUCAUUCAACCACCCUCGGAUCGUUCUGCGCAGGAGCAGACUUGAUUGAAAGGAGGACCAUGAACCAGAUGCAGGUGAACAAAUUCUUGUCGGACCUUAGAGACGCCCUAGGGAAGCUGGAAUCCCUGCCCAUGCCAACUAUUGCUGCAAUCGACGGUCCUGCUCUUGGUGGUGGACUGGAAAUGAGUUUGGCAUGCGACUUGCGCGUUGCUGGCCACGGCGUCUCCAAGAUUGGACUUCCAGAGACCGGUCUGGGGAUUAUACCAGGCGCCGGCGGAACCCAACGGGUGACCAGGGUCAUCGGACCAUCCAAAGCCAAGGACCUCAUUUUUACAGCGCGUGCCCUGACAGCGACAGAAGCUCUGGAAUGGGGUCUGGUUAACUAUGUCUCCGCACCGGAAAGCACGGGCUACGAUCGGGCAUUGUCACUAGCGGAGAAGAUUGCACAAAACGCACCUCUGGCCCUCCGUGCAGCCAAGCAGGCUAUCUCCCGGUCAGAGGACCUGGCUUUGGAAACCGGGCUCGAUUUUGAGAGGGCAACCUACGAAACCCUUCUCAGCACGCAGGACCGUCUCGAAGCCCUCCAAGCAUUCAAGGAGAAACGCCGCCCUGUAUUCAAGGGAGAGUAG